GACUAUAGGAGAGCAAGGACAGCUCAGACAUUGAACCCUGCUCUCUGUCUUUGCCUGAUGUGUCAGCGGUGAUUGUUAAACACUCCUGCCUCCUGAAAGUGAGGACUCUUAACUCACCUGUUGCUGAAACACUCCAGGAAUAAUGUUUCGAGCUGCUGCCUUCGUCACGUUUCUGGCCUGUCUGGCGUCCUCAGAGGUCGAACACAAAGCGGGUUACUGUGCUUUCUAUGAUGAAUGCGGUCGUAACCCAACGGUGGGAGAAAGCCUCAUCCCUCCUAUUGUCCCUUGUCUCAAUUACAGCCGAGCCCGACAAGUUACAGGCGAGCACUACAGGAGGCUCAAGCAGGUAUGCCCCAUGUUGGACCAGGGAGAAAGCAACACAUAUGCCUGCUGCUCCCUUCAACAGCUCUCAUCUUUGGAAACAAGUUUGACCUUGUCCAAAGCCGUGCUGAUCCGCUGCCCCUCCUGUGCUGAAAACUUUGCCCACCUGCACUGUGCCACCACCUGCAGCCCCAACCAGACGCUUACGGUUAAUGUCACGAAGGUCAUGAACGUCACGCACCUGGGUAGGCCGAGGGAUGCAGUGGUAGCCUACCAGGCGUACAUCAGCAACACUUUUGCAGAAGGUGCCUUUCAGUCUUGCAAGAACGUCAGGAUUCCAGCCACAGGAGGCUUUGCCAUCGCCACCAUGUGCGGCCGGUAUGGAUCCAAACUGUGCACAGCCCAGCGUUGGUACGAUUUCCAGGGGGACACCAGCAACGGCCUCGCCCCUCUAGACAUCGACUUUCGGCUGCUCAAGGAGAAUGACACGACAGGAGUACCAGAGGGGAUGGUUCCUUACAAUGGCCGUGCUUUAGGGUGUAACGAGAACACAACAACAGGCGGGAUGGCCUGCUCCUGCCAGGACUGCCUCGAUUCGUGCCCGCGUGUGCCACCCCCACCUCCACCCCCUGAGCACUUCAGAAUCCAGGAUUUGAAUGGAUUUCUUGUGAUUUCCAUUAUCUUGCUCUGUCUCCUGAUAUGUGCCUUUGUGGUGUACCUCGUUGUGUCUUACUGCGUGAAAUCUAGCAAUAGAAAAGAUCAGAAUAAAACGGGAAGAAAAGGGAAAAUCAAAGACGAGAACAGCAAUGAAGUGGGUCAGCCCAUCAUCAACCCAUCAGACGUGACGUGUGCAGAUAGAAACAGCAUGGCAGCUCAAGCUUUCCUGAGUCGACAGCUUCAGCGCUGGGGAACCCUGAUGGCAUCUUAUCCCCUCACAGUUCUCUUGGUGGCGGCCAUCAUUGUGGUUGCUUUCUCUGUUGGCCUAAAGUCCAUCAAGCUCACCACUGAUCCAGUCGAGCUGUGGUCCGCUCCCAACAGCAGGGCCCGGCAGGAGAAGGACUUCCAUGACAAACACUUCACUCCCUUCUUCAGGACUAACCAGCUGAUCCUGACAGCACCAGGAAGAAAAGGACACCUUUAUAACUCACUGCUGUUCGGGAAGCAGAACUUCAGUGGGCUUAUUUCCAAAAAUCUCAUACUGGAGCUGCUAGAUCUCCAAAAGAAAAUACAGGACAUUGAGUUCUGGUCAGAGGAUUUGAACCACACAGCAACCCUGAAGGAUGUGUGUUAUGCGCCUCUAAACCCAUCCAACCCCUCGCUGACUGACUGUGCGGUAAACAGCUUGCCACAGUACUUCCAGAACAGCCUGGACAACAUUAAUGCUAAAGUAAAUAUGACUGAAUUGGGAGUGACCCAAGAGGUCGACUGGAGAGACCAUCUAAUCUACUGCCUCAACUCUCCGCUGUCCUUCAAAGACAUCACCGAUUUAGGAAUGAGCUGCAUGGCAGACUAUGGAGCACCAGUAUUCCCAUUUCUAGCAGUGGGAGGCUACAAAGAUGACGAGUAUACCAAUGCUGAAGCCUUCAUCAUGACUUUCUCCCUCAACAAUUACCUUCGCGACAACCCCAAGUUCAAAGUAGCUCUGCGGUGGGAGACAGAGUUUCUCAAAAUUGUCCAGGACUACCAAAGAAACCCAAAGGCCAACUUCACCUUUGCAUACAUGGCUGAGAGGUCCCUGGAGGAUGAAAUUAAUCGGACAACAGCAGAAGAUAUUCCCAUUUUUAUGAUCAGCUACGCUGUGAUCUUUGUCUAUAUCGCGGUGGCACUGGGGGAGUACUCUUCAUGCAAACGCUUACUGGUGGACUCCAAGUUUUUGGUGGGUUUGGGGGGGAUCCUGGUGGUGGGCUGUUCGGUUCUGGCCUCCAUGGGUUUCUACUCCUGGAUCGGGAUCCCGUCCUCCCUGGUCAUCCUUCAGGUCGUUCCCUUCCUGGUGCUCGCUGUUGGAGCUGACAACAUCUUUAUCUUUGUCCUGGAGUAUCAGAGGGACGCGAGGAAGCUUGGAGAGACGCGGGAGGAGCAAAUAGGCCGAGUGCUCGGACAGGUGGCUCCCAGCAUGCUCCUGUGCAGUCUCUCGGAGUCUGUCUGCUUCUUUUUAGGGGCCUUGUCCACCAUGCCAGCGGUGAAGUCCUUUGCUCUGUAUGCUGCUCUGGCCGUGCUCAUGGACUUUGUCCUCCAGAUGACAGCUUUCGUGGCGUUGUUGUCUCUGGAUGCUCGGCGCCAGGACAACAACCGCUGUGAACUGCUCUGCUGUGUGACCGUGUCGACCCGCCGUCCCAACAAACCAAAUGAGGGCUUUCUGCUGCCUUUCAUGAGGAGAUACUACGCUCCCGUCCUGCUGCACAGCUUCACCAGGAUCAUAGUGAUGCUGGUUUUCAUCUUCAUGCUAUGUGCGUCAAUAUUCCUCAUGCUGAACGUGAAAGUGGGCCUGGACCAGGAGCUGGCGAUGCCAAAGGGAUCCUACAUGCUGGACUAUUUCCAAUACCUCUACAAAUACUUCGAAGUUGGAGUGCCGGUUUAUUUUGUAACAAAGAAGGGAUACAACUUCCACACGGUUGCGGGAAUGGACGGCGUCUGCUCCAGCGUGGGCUGCGAUCAGUUCUCCAUGACUCAGAAGAUCAGAUAUGCCACAGACUACCCCGAACGAUCCUACAUGGCUAUUCCCGCUAACUCGUGGGUGGAUGACUUCAUAGACUGGUUGAACCCUGGGUCCAAAUGCUGUCGCCUCUACACCUUUGGUCCAAAUGUUGGAGACUUCUGUCCUGCAAACAUAACUGGUCUUUCCUGUCUGAAGAGAUGCCUAGCGAGUCCUUCGGAUGGUGUCGUCAGACCCACUACGGAAGAGUUCAAUCGCUUCCUCCCUGAUUUUCUGGGUAACAGACCUGACCUGCAGUGCUCCAAAGGCGGUCUAGGAGCCUAUGACACGUCAGUGGUGAGAGACCAAUACGGAGAAAUAAUUGCCACCCGGUUCAUGGCGUAUCACACUCCACUGACCAACUCUCAGGAGUUCACGGCCGCAUUGUUGAAAGCCAGAGAGCUGGCUGAAAAGAUCACCUUGGACAUGAGGAAAAUACCAGGCACCUCGCCGGACUUUGAAGUAUUUCCUUACACGAUAACCUACGUGUUUUAUGAGCAGUAUCUGACCAUUGUGAAGGAAGGGCUCUUCAACAUCUCUCUUUGUCUGCUGCCGACCUUCGUGGUGUGCUGCCUGCUGCUGGGUUUGGAUCUGCGCUCCGGCCUGCUCAACCUCAUCACCAUCAUCAUGAUCGUCGUGGACACCGUCGGGGUGAUGACGUUGUGGAGCAUAGAUUACAACGCAGUGGCCCUGAUCAACCUGGUUACAGCGGUGGGCAUCUCCGUGGAGUUUGUGUCCCACAUGACGAGAUCCUUUGCGCUCAGCACUAAGAUGACGCGCGUUGAAAGAGCGAAAGAGGCUACAGCCACCAUGGGUAGUGCAGUGUUCGCCGGUGUUGCAAUGACAAACCUGCCAGGCAUCCUCGUUUUGGCGUUUGCCAAAGCUCAGCUCAUCCAGAUGUUCUUCUUCCGCUUAAACCUGGUCAUCACUCUCCUGGGGAUGGCCCACGGACUCGUGUUCCUGCCUGUGCUGCUCAGCUACUUCGGUCCUGGUGUAAACAAAGCAGUGCUGCUGCAGCAGCAGCAGGAGGACAAAAAGGAGGAGAUGAAGAAUAAAAUGAGAGAAAUGUAUGAGAACAUGUCCUAUUUGGAGGACGAAGUGACUCAGGAGGCUGACUCAUCCUCUGCAAAAGCAGCAGUCGACUUCCAGGAACCCUCACAAACAGAAGAGAAAGAGAAGAAAGAGGUGAGAAAGGACUAGUUUCUGAAAAUCAACCGCACAAACACGCUCCCCGCCAAGCAAACUCUUGUGGUAAACAUGGAGCGAGGACAGACGCAGAGGACACAAAGCGCCUAUGGAGUCACGCCUGCAGCUUCAUAUGGAAAUCAUUAACCCAACUUUGUACCUCAGUCGGAAAAUGGACUUCUGGGAAGGAUGAUAACAACGUAAAGUUGUGCAAUAUUUGUAGAAAUAAUGCAAAAGCAGGCUACUGCAACACGAUGCCUUGAAUUUACAGUUUUUGUAGAUUUUCUUUUUUGGUUUGUUUUAUACUGAAUGUGGUUGACAACCUGCCUUCCUUCCUCCUGUGGAGCGCUGCCUUUCACUGUGAGCAUCAGAAUAUAGAUGAAUGAGUGAAUAGAUGAACGGAUGAGAGCAGUUUUCUGCAUAAUUUAAAUAGGAUUGUUGCAUUGUUUAUAGCUUUAACAGAGCACACUCCAGCUUUUUUUGUUGUACUGUUUUCUCCAUUGUGUAUCAUGCAUGAAAAUGUGCAAUCACCAAAAAAUGUUUAUUAAAUAUAUAAAAAAAAAAAUUCUUUUCUUUUAAAGAAAGCGAAUAAGGUUUUCUUUUACGAAACGUAAUUGUUACUGAUAUAAUGCAAAAAUAGUUGUGUUCUAACAUGUUUUUAAUUUAUUAUAUUUCUCUUUUUUAUGUACUCACUAACUGCAAAGGCUGCAAUUUUAUGCCUCCACAACCUUCACAAGACUUUGAAAUACUCUUCAUCACGCUUGAAACAAAUAACCAGUUUGUGUAUUUGUAAUGGCACUGAGACUUUACGUUUUCCCAAUGGAAUACAGUAAAAAAAAAA